AUGCUGGACAUGGGAGAUAGGAAAGAGGUGAAAAUGAUCCCCAAGUCCUCGUUCAGCAUCAACAGCCUGGUGCCAGAGGCGGUCCAGAACGACAACCACCACGCGAGCCACGGCCACCACAACAGCCACCACCCCCAGCAUCACCAUCACCACCACCACCAUCAUCACCACCCGCCGCCGCCCGCCCCGCAACCGCCACCGCAGCAGCAGCCGCCGCCGCCGCCGCCGCCGCCGCCCCAGGCACCGCAGCCACCCCAGGCGCGGGGCGCCCCGGCCACCGACGACGACAAGGGCCCACAGCAGCUGCUGCUCCCGCCGCCGCCGCCGCCGCCGCCCCCGGCCGCCGCCCUGGACGGGGCCAAAGCGGACGGUCUGGGCGGCAAGGGCGAGCCGGGCGGCGGCCCUGGGGAGCUGGCGCCCGUCGGGCCGGACGAGAAGGAGAAGGGCGCCGGCGCCGGGGGGGAGGAGAAGAAGGGGGCGGGCGAGGGCGGCAAGGACGGGGAGGGGGGCAAGGAGGGCGAGAAGAAGAACGGCAAGUACGAGAAGCCGCCGUUCAGCUACAACGCGCUCAUCAUGAUGGCCAUCCGGCAGAGCCCGGAGAAGCGGCUGACGCUCAACGGCAUCUACGAGUUCAUCAUGAAGAACUUCCCCUACUACCGCGAGAACAAGCAGGGCUGGCAGAACUCCAUCCGCCACAACCUGUCCCUCAACAAGUGCUUCGUGAAGGUGCCGCGUCACUACGACGACCCGGGCAAGGGCAACUACUGGAUGCUGGACCCGUCGAGCGACGACGUGUUCAUCGGCGGCACCACGGGCAAGCUGCGGCGCCGCUCCACCACGUCGCGGGCCAAGCUGGCCUUCAAGCGCGGGGCGCGCCUCACCUCCACCGGCCUCACCUUCAUGGACCGCGCCGGCUCCCUCUACUGGCCCAUGUCUCCCUUCCUGUCCCUGCACCACCCCCGCGCCAGCAGCACUUUGAGUUACAACGGCACCACGUCGGCCUACCCCAGCCACCCCAUGCCCUACAGCUCCGUGUUGACUCAGAACUCGCUGGGCAACAACCACUCCUUCUCCACGGCCAACGGGCUGAGCGUGGACCGGCUGGUCAACGGGGAGAUCCCCUACGCCACGCACCACCUCACGGCCGCCGCGCUCGCCGCCUCGGUGCCCUGCGGCCUGUCGGUGCCCUGCUCCGGGACCUACUCCCUCAACCCCUGUUCGGUCAACCUGCUCGCGGGCCAGACCAGUUACUUUUUCCCCCACGUCCCGCACCCGUCAAUGACUUCGCAGAGCAGCACGUCCAUGAGCGCCCGGGCCGCGUCUUCGUCCACGUCUCCGCAGGCCCCCUCGACCCUGCCCUGUGAGUCUUUAAGACCCUCUUUGCCAAGUUUCACCACGGGACUGUCCGGGGGACUGUCUGAUUAUUUCACACAUCAAAAUCAGGGGUCUUCUUCCAACCCUUUAAUACAUUAA